AGAUCAACCAUCGAACCAGCGGCGAUCAGUCUAACGCUGACCAGGUUGGCUUGGUGGUACGAAACACGAAACAGCUGUAAGGAGCAAAGGAACGACGGAUCGAACCAGACAUUGCAGGCGCAGGCACAAAAGCCCUCCAGAAGCACGAAAGCAACAGUUCUUUCGAAAACGAAAGUGAAGUGUGGUGACCGGAGCUUCCAGUUGUCGAGACACGUGCCGCAGUGCAAUACUAUCGGCGCCUAAUUGCGAACUCAAAGAUGAAACUGUGCGCACUCCUCCUGCUGGCCGUGCUCGGCUGUGCCCGUGCCGAGCAGUUCGAAGGAUACUUCUAUCCGAAACCAAGCUGCCCACUGCCCGAAACCGUCUACAUCACGCGGACGGAAACGGACUACCAGCGCUACACGGAAACCGUCGCCUCGCCGGUGUACGGUGACGAGCAGACGGUUGUGUCCUCCGUCUACAUUACGAGCACCCAGACGGCAACCGUGCCCGUGUACCAGACGCUGACCAGUACCGCUACCUACACGGUAACGCCGCCGCUGCAGCCGGCCCAAACGGUGUACAACACGGUCACGCUACCGCCGAUCGUUUCCACCACGACCGUUGUCACGGCGACGCCCGUCUACCGCACGCAGACGGAAACGCGCACCGUUACUCAGCCGCCCGUAACGCUUCCGCCGCAGGUCAUCUACUCGACCGUGCAGCUUCCGCCGGUAACGCGUACCGAAACGUCCGUCUACACCACCACGACGCCCGUCAUCCAGACGGUGCAGGACUAUCGUACCGUAACGCUGCCGCCCGUAACGCUUCCGGCCCAAACGAUCUACUCGACCGUCCAGCUGCCGCCGGUAACGCGCACGGAAACGUCCGUCGUUACGCGCACGAGCCAGGUCGUGUCGACGGUGCGCGACACCGUGACGAUCCCGCCGGUAACGCUUCCGGCACAAACCAUCUACUCCACCGUACAGCUGCCGCCGGUGACGCGCACCGAAACCUCCGUGUACACGACGGCCACUCCCGUCUACCAGACCGUUACCGAUACGCGCACGGUAACGCUGCCGCCCGUCCAGGUGCCAGCGCAGACGAUCUACAGCACCGUAACGCUGCCGGCCGUUACGCGCACCGUCAGCUCGGUCUACACGCAACCGGGCGGCUACCAGACGGUGUACGUUACCCAGACCGAGGUGCAGCGCGAUCAGGUGCAGGCCCAAACGAUCUACAGCACCGUCACGCUGCCCGCCGUUACGAAGACCUUCUGUGCGCCGACCUAUCUACCGCCGCAGAAUACGCUCGCCGCCUACAACCAGGGGCGCUACACGAACGGACUCUUUUAAGCGGAAGCUCACGAGCACAAACACAAACACAAACUUAAGUAAAUAAACUAAAACCCCCCGUGAAA